UUUAGGACCAGGCCGUCGGGCUAGCCCUACUCAAAAUCCUGAAUUUUCAGGCCUGAGCCCGGCCCAUUGACCUCCCCCGUCUCACUCUCUCUCUCUCUCUAUCUCUCUCUCUCCACAAUAACGACAUAGCCGGUUCCACUUCCACAACGUCUUUAGCGAGCUGCGACAGCGAACAGCCCUCUCGAAUCACCUCAGACCAGGUUUUUCGAUUGAAUGUACCAUAGAGUUUUGGAAGUGGAAGUUGUAGCAACAUCAGGAUUCUCGUAGUAUUCAUAUUGAUGGCCUGGUUCACUUCCUCAUUAUGAAGUCUAAAUAAGGUUUGGCCCAAGUUUCCUUGCACAAUGGAGUUAACUGGACCAAGGUGGAAGGGAAAAUGUUCAGCAGCAAUUGCCCUUUCAGAUCCCAUGUCAAAUAUAGUCUCACAACUUCAAUCUUCUCUACUGCAGUCGGUAUCAACUGUGAUACUCUCCGGGUGCAAUGUUAUUCUCGAAGCUGGACCAGAACAAGUGGAGCUACUUAAUCGUGCAUGCUUUGGCCAACCCAUUGUCACAGCGGAGAAAGAUAAGCAAUGGUUUCAGUUGGGUUUCGAGGAAUCCUUUUACAUGUUCCAUGAGCUCAAAUGUAUUGUGAUUUUAGGUGAAGACAAACAUCCCAAGAACAUAGAAGAGAUAUGGGAGUAUAUGAAAUCAAAGAGAGAGAUUUUCCCUGAUUUAUACAAGGCUUAUUCUCAUCUCAGAAGGAAGAAUUGGGUGGUUCGCCCAGGAUCUCAGUAUGGUGUUGACUUUGUAGUUUACCGUCACCACCCUGCCAUUGUACAUUCCGAGUACGCGGUGCUUGUUCUCUCAGAAGGAAAUGGAGGGGCAAAUGAUCGAUUGAGGGUAUGGUCUGAUUUAAACUGCUCACUUCGACUCUGCGGUAGUGUUGCAAAGACAUUGUUAGUUCUUACCAUCAGGAAGAACGGGGACAAAGUGGCCUCUUCCUCGUGUUUGGAACAAUAUAGUAUUGAAGAGCGCACCAUUGCUAGAUGGAGGCCAGAGCAGUGUCGAGAAGAUCAAAUGGUAGUUAGAACAAGAAAUGAGUAAAAACAUUGUUUUUUCCCAUUUUAAGUUGGAUUCUCAUAGUAGUCACUGUGUGAUCAUCUGACCAGUGAGUUUUAUUUCCUAGAAAUAAUUGUUUUGGAUGAAAGCGUUUACCUGUGUAACGUGGACAUGGACAUGUGUAUUGAUGUCGGUUGGACAUGAGCUACCCUGGAUAUGGGCAUGGGCACUAGCUAUUGUAUAGGUUUAUCCACCUAGUGGAUUCUGCCGUGUCUUUGGUUCAAAAGCAAUACGGCUUGGUCAAUCCUAGCCAUCUCUUUUCCACGCUUUUUCCAGCUGAAUGGUGAUGAUUGACCAUUUUUGCUUUCUUGAAUCCAUAUGAAGGCCACCAAUCGGACAUCCAUGAACAUUCAAUUUGUUGGAUUUUUUGGUAAUC